AUGCGGGCGCAAUGCAGAGCCUUUGGCACUGCACCGUCAGGAGCUUCAACAGGUGCAGCAUCGGGAAGUGGUCUCAGUGUUGGGACAUUGGUGCCGAUUGUGAGCGAGUUGGACCGCAUGGCUCCGAGUUUUGAUUUGCGAGGCGAGAAUAUCCGUGUUAUCAAGACACCAGCCGAAUUUUACGAAACGUUAAAGGAUCGGAUACGCAAUGCAAAGCAACGAAUAUUCUUAUCGACGCUAUACAUAGGGAAAUCCGAAAAGGAGCUCAUCGACACCAUCCAAGAUGCCAUGCGACGCAACCCCCAGCUGAAACUGAGCAUACUAACGGACUGCUUGCGAGGCACUCGAGAAGCGCCAAAUCCAUCCUGCGCUUCGUUAUUAGCACCGCUUGUUACCGAGUUUGGCGCAGAUCGAGUCGAAGUUCGCAUGUAUCAUACGCCAAACUUGACUGGGCUGAGAAAAAAGUAUAUUCCGAAUAGGAUAAACGAGGGCUGGGGUCUACAGCAUAUGAAGCUUUAUGGAGUUGAUGACGAAAUUAUCCUGUCGGGUGCGAACUUGUCGACGGACUAUUUUACAAAUCGACAAGAUAGAUAUCAUCUGUUUUCUUCAAAAGAGGUGACCGAGCACUUUUGGCGCAUUCACAACGGUGUUGGAUCAUUUAGCUUCCUGGUACAGCCGUCGCAAGAAGAUGCAGGAUUUACGCUUACCUGGCCAAAGGCCAAUUCCGCGCCAUCACCAUUAGACGAUCCACAGGCUUUUAUCAAGAGCUCAAGUCUGACAUUGAGAAAAUUGGUUGCGCCGCAGGCUGAACAGCUACCCAAGGGUGACUUUAGCAAUACGAGGGUGUAUAUGCUUGGGCAAUUCUCCCAAGUCAUGCAGCCAGACCACUCUACCGAACUUCCUGUCAUCACACACAUUCUGCAGAAGCUUGCUCUGCCUGAAUAUCAGGGCUCGUCGUGGACCUUCACUGCCGGCUACUUCAACCCGGCUCCUUCAUUAACCAAGCUCCUCAUUGGGACGGCGUCAACGAACAACACCGUCAUCACAGCUGCGCCAGAGGCAAAUGGCUUUUACAAGUCAAAGGGUGUAUCGGGUCUACUUCCAGAUGCGUAUGUCCUCCUUGCUCGCCGGUUUCUAGAUAACAUCAAUCAAAACCGUCGUGAGAAUGAUAUCACUUUGAAGGAAUGGCGGUUUGGUACUGUUGGUCACCCCGGAGGGUGGACAUAUCACGCCAAGGGCCUCUGGGUGACUAUGCCUGGUGAUACGACGCCCUCGAUGAGCAUCAUCGGUAGCUCAAACUAUACAAAGCGGAGCUACUCGCAUGAUUUGGAGGUUGGUGCGUUGAUUGUCACGAGGGAUGAGACAUUGAAGAAGCAGCUUGGCGAUGAACAAACUUGGCUGCAGGAGCAUUCGAAGAAGGUGACUAGAGAUGAUUUUGCAAAGAACGAGAGGAGGGUUGGGUUGAAGGUGAGGAUUGCCAUGUGGAUUGUAUCUUUGGUUGGUGGUGCAUUGUAA